CGCCGGACAUGGCGUCAGGGAGCGCCGUCGUGGUCAACAAGGCUGUCGUGAAGGCCGUUUCUAUUCAGCGCACCGUCGUGGUCGAGGCCUCUCCGGCCAUGCGUGCCGUGGUGGAGCCCGGGUUGAAGGAGCAGAUCGGGAACGGAAGCCAUAGUUGUUUUCCCAUUCCAUUGUAUACCUGUUGAUAAGUAUUGCCACGUGUUGCUGUGGGAGAGGGUCCAGCUUGAUGGAAUGGAGCUGUAGACCGGGUCCCAUAUGAUUAUCUUCCGUGUCCCUGCUGCCAGCCUAAAGUGCACAGGCACGAGCUGCAAAAUGGCCCAACCGGCGCAGCUCCACUCGCGCCCGGUCCUCCCCUCCACGAGCCCCCGCCGCCACUGCGCCUCCCAGCCCGCCACUUUCCCCGCCUCGCGCCGUCGCCGCCGCAACCGCCUCGCGCCCCGCCCGAUGGCCUCGUCGACGGCCCAGCCCCCGGGGCUGAAGGAGGGCAUCGCGGGGCUUUACGACGAGUCGUCGGGGGUGUGGGAGAGCAUCUGGGGCGACCACAUGCACCACGGCUUCUACGACUCGGGCGAGGCCGCGUCCAUGGCCGACCACCGCCGCGCCCAGAUCCGCAUGAUCGAGGAGGCCCUCGCCUUCGCCGCCGUCCCAGAUGAUCCGGAAAAGAAACCCAAAACAAUAGUCGAUGUAGGAUGCGGCAUUGGUGGUAGCUCAAGGUACUUGGCGAAGAAAUACGGAGCGCAAUGCAAUGGCAUCACGUUGAGCCCUGUUCAAGCCGAAAGAGGAAAUGCUCUCGCUGCGGCGCAGGGGUUGUCAGACAAGGUUUCUCUCCAAGUUGCUGACGCUCUGGAGCAGCCGUUUCCUGAUGGGCAGUUUGAUCUUGUCUGGUCCAUGGAGAGUGGCGAGCACAUGCCGGAGAAAAGAAAGUUUGUUAGUGAACUGGCACGUGUCGCGGCUCCUGGAGCGACACUGAUCAUUGUGACUUGGUGCCAUCGGAACCUCGAGUUGUUUGAAAACUCGCUGAAACCCGAUGAACUGAAUCUCUUGAAGAGGAUAUGCGAUGCGUACUACCUACCGGACUGGUGCUCACCUUCAGACUAUGUGAGCAUUGCAAAGUCACUGUCUCUUGAGGAUAUCAAGACUGCUGAUUGGUCGGAGAACGUGGCCCCGUUUUGGCCUGCUGUUAUACGAUCAGCACUGACAUGGAAAGGCCUCACAUCGCUGCUGACAAGUGGAUGGAAGACGAUAAGAGGGGCCCUGGUUAUGCCGCUUAUGAUCAAUGGCUACAAGAAAGGGCUCAUCAAGUUCACCAUCAUCACGUGUCGCAAGCCCGGAGCAGCAUAGAAUGAGAAAUUCCUGUCUCAGCACCUCCAUUCAGUGCAAUAAUGUAGAAUCGUGGCAUCCUUUUCCUUUUUCCAGUAAUUUCUAGCUUUCGAGAGCAAAUGUGGUGGCUCAUUUUAACUCUAUUUUAUUACGAUAAUAUAUUUUUAAAAUUUAAAUUUAUCUAUAUAUUUUUAAAUUUUUAAUUUA